AUGUCACCGAAGAAGAUCAAAGACUUGGACGUCGAGAAAGGCGAUAAAGUUCCAGGAAGAGUUCGCCAACUGGCCUCCCGCAUAUCGAAUGUGUCUGUCUUCUCUCUCGCACCGGUUGGCGCCACGUCAACUCUGCCCCAGCGGCCAAAAUCACAUCAACGCUUUGCCAACGAGCCACUUGAGGGCUUUUCUGCGACAAGGCUGGAUCAUCGCCAACGCCGGCCUCGUGAGCCAGCUAUAGGAUUGGCCGCUCACAGACGGCUACCACAACCGCCAAGACAGUUGUACAGCUUACCAGCAUCGCAUCCGCCAGUUCCGAGUGCUCCGAAGCCUACUCCGAUCAUUCCAAAUGUGCGCCAUGGUCCUAAGUUUCCUUGUAUCGAGUGGGUAGAAGAGAGAGAAAACAGCAUCAAGAGCACAGCAAGACGGGGCGUAGCUGCAUACUACCACAGGAGCUACCAGUUUAGGUCGAUCAAGAGGAAGCGGGAGGAACAAGUUCCGGGCGGGAAGAGGGACACUGAGAUCAAGCCGACUGAGCAGAGGCCGGACAAGCUGGUCAUGAUCUUGGGACUUACAAACGUGCGACGUGCAAACGCACAAACUAAAGUGAAUGCGAGGCUGCAGAAGACCAAUAAGCGCUCGUGA